AUCCAAAAGUGGGGGAUUUGUGAUCUGGGGGCUGUGUGGUUUAGUAUGGUGAAGCAUUCCACGUGAUUCGAUUCGCCAAAAUUUUGUGAAUUGAUUCUGAAUCAACGGUUGUCUUUGUUGUGUGUAUUCCAGUAUUCCGGCUCGAUAGAUCUGCUAAGUCUUUCUGUAGUACGUUAGAUACCUAUCAGGAAUUUGAAGGUGCCUGCAUACGUCCCGCCUUUCAUUUGUCAUGACCGAUAUGGACAGAGUUGAUUUCAGAUCGGGGUGUGAUAUGAAGUCAUUGGAAAAUCUUGUGAAUGUAUUUGAUGAAUAUGACCGACAUGAAUUUGAUGAUUGUAUGGCAAUGGAAGUACAUUCAAUGAAAGAACACAUUUUCAAUAUAUUAGGUGAUGUGCAGAAGGCUGAUGGGAAACUUCCAGUGGCAAACGAAUAUCUACUUCUAUCAGGGGGUAGUAGAGAUGGUACAUUAGAUGUCGAAGUAGAUGGUCAGUGUGAAUACACCAGGGGGAAUGACUUUGAUCUUGAUUAUACUUUACUUGUUCCUAUACUUAAACUUCAUGAUAGAAAUCAACCAGUUGUUCUUGAUAUGCGGCAUUCUACACCGUGCCAUUCAUGGCUGAGCUUGCGAUUAUUUGAUGAUGACACAGUAAUGAAAUGGGAAUCAUGUUGCUGCAUUGUAGAACAUCAAAAUGAAAAGAAUCAUUAUCUGUCGCCACCUAAAGUUUGUCAAUGGUUUUCAGAAACAGUUACACAAGUGGUCCAGUCCAUGCAAAAAUCACACAGGCAAGGUGACCCUCUUAUAACAGAGAUUCAUUCAAAUGGAAGCGUAACUACUAUUAUACUUGCGUAUGGGGGAACUCGAAUUAUGUAUGAUCUUGUUCCUGUAAUAUCAUUUCGUGGAUGGCCAGCUGUGGCAAUGGGUUGGUUGACAGAAAAUCAUUAUUGGGAUGGAAUCAUACCAGAAGAAGAAGUGAUAACAGGUUUUCAUCUGGUGCCAGCAUGUAGCACAGUUGGUCGCAAGGAUGUUGAAUGGCGUUUAUCAUUUUCUCGGAGUGAAGUUCAACUGAAAAGAUUCAUACCAGAGGCUUUCAUGAAAACAUUUUAUGCAUUCAAGGCUAUCAUGAACAGAGCACUGGGGAGGCACACAAAGAUUGUCAAACCUUACAUAUUACGAGCUUUAUUAUUAUGGGCAUGCGAUCGAGUCAAACUUCAAUGUCUGGCAUCUGAUGAUAAUGUCCCAGAUACAUUACUUGGAUUGAUAGAUGAUGUACUUCAGUGUUUAUUGAGCAGAUCUUGUCCCAACUACUUCAUACCGCAAUACAAUAUGCUGAGCCAUUUAGACGAUCAAACUGUUUUAAAAUUAUGUCAAGUUGUUUUAAUGGUUCGGAGUGAUCCAGCUGAACAUGUGAGAAACGCAGUUGAUCAAGUGAAAGCUGCUCGGGAAAUGACGAAGGAAUACAGAGACAAUAAUUUAAAAAGAAGAACAUCACUUCAUAAUAAACCUGCGCAAAAUGGUGUGGGUGGUAAAGUUGGUUCAAAUUCUAGACAAGAAAUGGACAUAGCUGAAAGGAUGCGUAAAUUAGUCGAUGAAAAUCCAGGAAAGAGUAUAUCUGUUUUUCUUAAUCCAGAAGACGGCUCAACUCCACAUUUUAGAAUUGAUGGAAAGUUUUAUUGAGUUUCCCAUCAACAUAGUACUUCUGGUGUAUCAUAGAGAAAUAUCUACGCUAAAAAUAGUUACAGCAAGAUCGCUUGGAAAGAAGACAAUCUACGGAAUGUCUCCCAAUGAUGGAAAUUAGGAAUUAUUCCUCAUCCAAAUGUGCUAGCUAGUAUUCUUGAUGACAAUCUGUGUUGGUGAAAUUUUCAAAUCCUGUAUUUUUGUGCCGAUUGGUUGAAGAUGAUUCAAUCCAAACACUUAUCAAACAAUUCGAGAGCAAUCUGAAGGGGCAUGUCUCAAAUAUUUUGCCGUACUCUGCAUUGAACCAGGCUGGGUUCCAUGCUAGAUGGAGUACUGCGAGGUAGCACAUAUUUGAAGCUUUUGUUACAAAAUAUCUUGUUCUAUAGAUUUUAUAUUUAUUGCACUGAUUAUAAGAAGCUCACUCUUUUAUUUGUAAUUUUUUGAAGCAUGACUGUGUUUGUGUUUAACUUUGUACCAUUCCGUUCCUCUAUUACUGAUUAAAUAAAUAAAUAAAUAGCCAUAAUCUG